AGUGACUCUCUUUCACUCAUCCCUCCUUUUUUUUAAGGGGCGCCCUUUUUUCCUCAUAGAAAACAUGCUGGGAGGAGAGGAGGAGCAGAAGAGAAGAAACGCCUCAGAGGCGACAAGAGAGUGAGGAGGAAGCAGAGAAAGUUGGAGCGCGCGCGCGGCUCAGAUGGAAGGGCGCGAGGAAGGAAGGAAGGACGGAAGGAAGGAAGGGAUCUCCGCGGGCUCAAGUGCGUGAUUAAAGGAAUCCUCGAGGAUAUAAACACACGUCUGAAUCAAAGUUUGGGGGGUAAUACGGGAGGAGGAGGAGGUGAGGAGGAGUUCCAGACGAGCCGCCGCGUUGCGUGGAUGAGACGAGCGGCGGGACAGCGAGCUCGCGCGUGGAUUUCAUGUUCUUCAAACUCGCCGAGCCUCGCAAACUUCUAAAGACAGGGGUGUACAGAGUUUAAAACCAAAUACGAAAAAAAAUAACUUGAAAAAGCCACCCCCUCCAGCUCGGCGUCCCGGUCGGCUCUUCCGGGUGAUAAGGUGGGAUAAAAAGACGAGCCUGUUGUUCCUCCGGAGGAGUCCAGCGCUGUAGCGGGGUUGAGGCGUCGGCGCCCGGGGCAGGGAGUCCCUCGUCAUGGCCGGGGCCAAGCCGGGAGUCCACGCGCUGCAGCUGAAGCCCAUCAGCGUGCACGAGGAGCUGAAGAGGGGCGGGAAGUUCAUCAAAUGGGACGAGGAUCCCAACAGCGGCUCCCCAACACUGGUGACCUUGAAAGUCGACCCAGAGGGAUUUUUCCUCUUCUGGACUGCCGGCUCAAACUUGGAGGUGGAGAUCUUGGACAUCAGCACCAUCAGGGACACCCGGACAGGAAAGUACGCCCGACAGCCAAAGGAAGCGAAAAUGCGGGACAUGCUGAGCGUCGGGAAGGACAACUUCCAGGGGAAGUCGGUGACCAUCGUCUACGGAAGUGACUUGGUGAACAUCUCCUACCUCAACUUUCAGGCGAUGUCUGAGGAGGGAGCCAAGCUUUGGACAGAGGAACUCUUCAGUUUGGCCACAAACAUCCUUUCCCAGAAUGCAACGAGAAACAGCUACCUCCUCAAAGCGUACUCCAAGCUGAAGCUGCAGUUGAAUCAGGAGGGAAAGAUUCCCAUAAAGAACCUUCUGAAGAUGUUCUCGGAUAAACGGCGGGUGGAGACGGCGCUGGAGCAGUGCGGCCUGGUCAAAAACAAGUCGGAGGGAAUAAAGCCUGACGAUUUCACGUGGGAAGCCUUCCAAAGGUUUCUCGACCACCUGUGUCUGCGACCAGAAAUCCAAACCAUCUUUGAAGAAAGCUCCAAGAAGAAGCCGUCCAUCUCUUUGGACCAGUUCAUGGACUUCCUGAAUCGUAGGCAGCGGGACCCCAGGCUGAACGAGGUCCUGUACCCGCCACUGAAACGGGACCAGGUCCGACAGAUCAUGGAGAAAUACGAGACCAACAUCAGCCAGCUGGAAAGAGACCUGAUCAGUCUGAAGGCUUUCGGCCGCUACCUGGGAGGCGAGGAAAACGGCAUUGUUCCUCCAGAGAGGCUGGACGUCAUCGACGACAUGAACCAGCCGCUGUCUCACUACUUCAUCAACUCCUCACACAACACGUACCUCACAGUGGGUCAGCUGACGGGUCUGUCGUCGGUGGAGAUGUACAGGCAGGUGCUGCUGACCGGCUGCCGCUGCAUCGAGCUGGACUGCUGGCAGAGGCAGGAUGAGGAGCCGCACAUCACGCACGGGUUCACCAUGACCACCGAGAUUCCCUUCAAGGAUGUGAUUGAAGCGAUUGCAGAAAGCGCUUUCAAGACGUCGCCUUAUCCCGUCAUCCUCUCCUUUGAAAAUCACGUCGAUUCACCCAAACAUCAGAACAAGAUGGCCGAGUACUGCCGGAACAUCUUUGGAGACGCCCUGCUCAUCGAUCCUUUAGAGAAAUACCCGCUGGUUCCAGGUCAGCUGCUCCCCUCGCCACAGGACAUGAUGGGGAAGAUCCUCAUCAAAAACAAGAAGAAGCAUCACCAUCACCGACCUUCGGAGAACAGCGUCCGGCGUAAAGAGCUGGAGGAGCCGUCGUCUGUCCCCAACGACUGCCCGCUGUCAGACGGCGAUGGGAACCAGAUGCUCUCCAACGGGGAGGAGAAGCUGGCGGAAAGCCUGAUGAAAGAAGCGGAGCCUCGCAAGUCGAUCGCAGCUGACGGAGAGAGCGAGGAGGAAGAAGAGGACGAGCCGGCGACCGAGACGAAGAAGAACUCGGAUGAGGGAACCGCCGGCAGUGAGGUCAACGCCACGGAGGAGAUGUCCAAUCUCGUCAACUAUGUUGAACCUGUUAAAUUUAAAAGCUUUGAGGUGGCAGCUAAGAGAAGGAAGUUCUUUGAGAUGUCAUCCUUUGUGGAAACCAAAGGCAUGGAAGCCCUGAAGAACUCACCUGUAGAGUUUGUGGAGUACAACAAGAACCAGCUCAGCCGAAUCUACCCUAAAGGAACGAGGGUGGACAGCUCCAACUACAUGCCACAGCUCUUUUGGAACGUCGGUUGCCAGAUGGUGGCGCUAAACUUCCAGACACUUGACCUUCCGAUGCAGCUGAACAUGGGAGUGUUUGAAUACAACGGGCGCAGCGGCUACCUUCUGAAACCAGAGUUCAUGAGGAGGAUAGACAAACACUUUGACCCCUUCACAGAAAGCAUUGUGGACGGAAUAGUUGCCAACACAGUCAAAAUUAAGGUGGUGUCAGGGCAGUUCCUGACUGAAAAAAAAGUGGGCGUGUACGUUGAGGUGGACAUGUUUGGACUUCCAGCUGACACAAAGAGGAAAUUCAAAACCAAAACCUCCAACGGAAAUUCCCUGGACCCUGUGUGGGAUGACGAGCCGUUUGUUUUCCACAAGGUGGUCCUUCCUACUCUGGCUUCACUCAGGCUCGCUGUGUGUGAGGAAAACGGAAAGUUUAUUGGGCACCGAAUUCUCCCAAUUUCUGCCAUUAGACCUGGCUAUCACUACAUCAACCUGAAGAAUGAGCUGAACCAGCCACUUCUGCUGCCCUCCCUCCUCAUUUACACUGAAGUUCAGGAUUACGUCCCUAAUGAGCAUCAGGAGUACGCGGAUGCUUUGACCGACCCAAUCAAAUACAUCAAUCAACUGGCUAAGAGAGAGAGACAGCUAGCUGGUCUCAUGGACGGUGAGGUGCAAGAUUCCACCCAACCCAAAGACGAUGUCCGCAGAGCCUCUGAAAUCACGGCUGGAGAUCAGCUGCCCGCAUCCAUCCAGCAGCUUCCUUCAUCCCCUGCAGAUGAUUGCCCAGACGUCAUCAUCAAACCAGUUCCACCAGUACAAACUCCAGUACAAAAGGAGGACCUGAUAGCCACAGUCCUGGCAGACAUGGAGGUUCUCUCCAUUGAGGAGCUGAAGCAGCAGAAGAAUUAUGUGAAGCUCCUGAAGAAGCAAGAGAAAGACCUCAAAGAGCUGCGCAAGAAACACCUGAAGAAGGUUUGCAGUCUGUAUAAGAAGCAGAAGAGUCUGAGCAGCCAGCUGGAGUCUGACACGCAGAAGAAGCGCACUCAGAUGGAGAAAAACCUCAAACGCAGCAUCAAGAAAAAUGAGCCGCAGGAGGUGGUGAAGAACGAGCUGACCAAGCUGGAGCAGGAGGCGGAGGAGCUGACGGUCAAGCUGUGGGAGGGGCAAAUGGAGAAACUGGUCAAGCUCCGACAGGAGCUUCACCUGCUGGAAAGACAGAUGCAGGAAAAACAGCUGGUGGAGGCGUUUGACAAGCUAAAGGAGACGUGUCAAGAGUCCUUAGGAGCUCAGACGAGGAAGCUCAAGGAUUCGUGUGAAAAAGAGAAAAAAGAGCUUCAGAAGAUUCUAGAAAGGAAACGACUAAACAGCAUCAGUGAAGCCAAGAACAAAGGGGAACAGGACAAGAUCAACACCAAACACAUCACAGAAUCCGUCUCGUUAUUCCGUAAGCUGGAGACUGAGCAGGAAAAGAGACAGGAUAAGCUGGCACAGAAGUACACAGAGAUGCUGCAGCACAUACAGGAGGAGCUGCCCACGCUUCAAACUCAGCUGGCUCAAAAACUCAAGGAGGAGUUCCAGCGCCUCCCAGAAGAAAUCUGCCAGCACCUGAACCUGGAGCUCCAAAACAAAGGUCUCCGGAGGUUCUCUAAAGACAUCAGCCCCGGAUCCAACUGCGGCACGCCCUCCUUACCGUCCACGCCGGACCAGAGCCUGCUGAACCGCAGCAUGGACAGAAGCACCUCCUCGCUGGCCGACUCCUGCUCCCCGUCCACCACUCCUGUCCACUCCGAGGCAGAGAUUUCCUUCACUUAGACUUUUUUGUUGUACAAAGAAAACUAGAAACUGGGGUCUAUAGUGAUCAUAUUGUGGGAUAUUAAUGAUAUAGAUUAUUUACUAAUUUUAUUCCUUUUUUUAUCAGAAAACUGAUUUGUCCCUGUCUAUGGAGCUGUAUUUUUCUUUUUUUUAAUUAUUUGUCGUCAGAUGAAACAUUUUUUGUUAACAUAUCUCUAAUCAUUUUUAUUUUCUUUUCUACAUUUUUCUAAGCUCAUCUUUUUUGUCUUAUCAUCUCUCAUUGGGUCAUUUCGAUUAGUCUGGUCGUCUUUAAGGAAUUGAAGCUGCUUUGUACAUUUUCUCUGACGGUUUUAAUGCUGAUAAAAACAACAGUGGGAUUUUAAUUUUUUUUCUAUUUUAGCACAAAAAAGUAUUCUUUAAAAUAGUCCCUCAGGUAGAACUCUAAAACUGAUUUCCAAAGAUUUAAUUUAAAAUCAAUUGAAAACUAUUCAGAUCAUUUUUUUAAGUUUUAGGUUGUAAUGGCAGUAGGUGACCAGUAGGUGGUGCCACAGCCUUGUUUUUUCAUCUACUAUAAAAGAAAAUUUCAGCAAUUAUAAUCUGCACAGUCAGAUUAAUCAUUUUUUAAGUAAAAAAACAAAUGUUUGGUAAUUUUUUUUUGUUUUUAAGAAAUAUUCUGAACGAUCUGGACUACUGUGGAGGACGGUUUUGUGACUGGAAGCCGUGGAUUCCUAAAUCUGCGGCGUUGUUACUCUGUCGGGUUCUGGUGGUACUUUAGUCACUGCUGCUUUCACUCAAGCCUCAAGUUUCCAUCUGUGUUUUCUUGGACAUAGGAAAAAUUUUUGUCAAUCAAAUUUUAAGAUGCCCUGCCAAAAAAAGAGAAAAAAAGUGUUGCACUAAGUAAACGGUGUGUUAUUACCACUACCAAAGCUCCAUUCUUUUCCUAUAUUUAUUUUUCCCUUUUUUUGGUUUUAAGCAGAUUUUUAAAACAUUUUUUGUGGGGUGAAAUGAUGGUACUAUGUGUAGAAAAUCUGUGUAAAUGUUUUUUCGUUACGUACAUUUUACUACUGACUACUACGGCUGACGGGAUGAGGGAGAAAUCAAAAAGGUAGACACAAAUUUUACUGUCUUUACAAAGAAAAUAUUCAUCCCUUUUCAAAAUAGUACAUUUUUAAAUUUUAUUUUGAAAGGAUUUUUUGUUUUUGUGCCUGAAACUCUACUGUAGUUGCCCUUUUUUAAGCCAAAGUUUGCUCCCUUCACCUUCAAGUGCGGUCAUGAAUGAAUUUAGAUUGAGGACUCUCCAUCCUUUUAAAGGUUUACCAAAAGAUCCUAACACAUUCCUUGCAGGCCAGGAAAAGUGGCAGGUAUUUUACAUGAAUGUACACUAAAUAAGGCCUUUAUUUGUUUGUUUUUGUGUCAUUCUUUGUUGUGGCAACCAUCUUUUUAAUGCCUUUAAUUUUGUUAAACUGUACUUUUGCCACUCUGUUUUGACUGUUUGUGAAACUUUUUUUUUUGUUUCUGUGAUGUAGACUUCAAUACAACCACUUCCUUGUGCCAUCUACUUUGGUGUAAAGCAUGAGCUCUUGUCGUUUUUUAUUAUUAUUUUUUUUAUUUUAAUAAGUCUUGAGAAGGUUGAGAAUAGUGAAAAAUUGGUCCACUUUGAGAAUAAGAUUCCAGAAGUUUAAUCUUGCACUUUAAAUUUAAAGUUAUGUGGUUUUAUUUUAAUUAAUAAUAUUUAACACAGAGAAGAAAAUGAGGGAAAAAAGGGCGACUAAAUGAAAUCAAAUGGUACAUUUUGUUAAAUCUUUAAAAUCUUAGCACUUUACAUGUUAAAAAGCUGAAGAUGAAACUAAAAGUACAACUAAAGGUUUUAGAUAAGUACAAAACUCUAAAAAGUACUAACUUUACCCUUAGCAAAAAGUAUUCUAUCAAGUGUCCCAUGAGUGUACUAAAUCUUCUUGAAGUUAACUUAUAUAUCAUAUACUUUAUGUACGUGGUCUAUUAGUAUACUUGCUGUAAUUAUACUUAAAUAGUAUACUUAAUACAGUAAAUGGAAAGUACUAACAACUGAAUUCUUGGAACAAGUGAUAUAAAGUUGUAUUUUUGGUGUGUAUUUCAUCAUACAACAAUUAUUUCAAACACAAGGUAAUUUGUCAACACAUGAAUUUAUCACUGGAUUACCAUUAAAAAUAAUAAAAUAAAAUAAUCAUUGGCACCACU